AUGGCCUGGGCCCCCCUCCUCCUCGGCCUCCUGGCUCACUGCACAGGCGCUGUGUCCUCCUAUGAAUUGACUCAGUCACCCUCAGUGUCAGUGUCCCUGGGACAGACGGCCAGGAUCACAUGUGGGGGGAACAACAUUGGAAGUAAAAGUGCUUACUGGUGCCAGCAGAAGCUGGGCCAGGCCCCUGUGCUGGUCAUCUAUCAUGAUGACGAGAGGCCCUCUGGCAUCCCUGACCAGUUCUCAGGAUCCAACUCAGGGAACACAGCCAGCCUGACCAUCAGCGGGGCCCAGGCCAAGGACAAGGGCGACUAUUACUGUGCAGUAGCUGAUGGCAGUCUCCGGCUGGUACUGUCACCGUGGUACACCUUUGGCGGCGGGACCCAGCUCACCGUCCUAGGUCAGCCCAAGUCCGCGCCCUCGGUCACUCUGUUCGCGCCCUCCACUGAGGAGCUCAGCGCCAACAAGGCCACCCUGGUGUGUCUCAUCAAUGACUUCUACCCGGGCAGCGUGAACGUGGUCUGGAAGUCAGGCAGCACCACCAUCACCAAGGGCGUGGAGACCAGCCAACCCUCGAAACAGAGCAACAGCAAGUACGCGGCCAGCAGCUACCUGGCCCUGACGGCCAGCGAGUGGAAAUCUUACGACAGCGUCAGCUGCCAGGUCACGCACGAGGGGAGCACCGUGGAGAAGACAGUGUCGCACUCCGAGUGCCCUUAG